CACUUUGCCAAGACACUCUUCCAAGAAGUCCUGUCAAGACACCUACCAAAAUGCCCUGCCAAGACAUGCAAUCAAGACAAUCUUCUGAUAGUAAGCCGUCAGAUAUUGGUGAAUUAUCCAAUGAAUAUGAAGUGUCUAAUAAUUAUGAAACCAACAAUUAUAAAGUUUUUAAUGACUACAAAACAACAGAUAAUGAAUAUUUAAAUGAUAAAUUAGUUGUUUCUAAUAUAUUUAAAAAAAAACAGAAUCAUGAAAUAAACUCAAAAACUAUUCUAGAAAAG